UGCUAAGCAAGCGUUACUCAACUUUGAUCGUUCGAGGAAAGACCUGUAACCAUGAGUGGAAGGGGCAAGGGUGGCAAAGGACUCGGGAAAGGAGGCGCCAAGCGUCACCGUAAAGUUCUCCGUGAUAACAUCCAGGGAAUCACCAAACCCGCCAUCCGCCGUCUGGCUCGCCGUGGCGGAGUAAAGCGUAUCUCUGGUCUGAUCUACGAGGAGACCCGCGGUGUGCUGAAGGUGUUCCUGGAGAACGUGAUCCGUGACGCAGUCACCUACACCGAGCACGCCAAGCGGAAGACCGUGACCGCCAUGGACGUGGUGUACGCUCUGAAGAGACAGGGCCGCACUCUGUACGGCUUCGGCGGUUAAAGGCAUUCAUACCAACUAAAGUAACUAAACGGCUCUUUUAAGAGCCAC